AUGAAGCGACCUGCAGAAGAUGGAGAAGAGCCACCCUGUAAGCGUCGGACACUGCCACCCAUUGGACAAGUGGCUGAGGAAAACCGACAUGUUUUCAUUUCCUUACAAGGUUAUUCUGAGAAGGUUGGCAAGUUGUUUGAUGGCGGACAUAGUGUUGUUUUCAUCCGCGGCGGCGUGGCCACCGGCAAGACCACAUUGGCAGAGCAUUUGGGCCGCUCUGAGAAGUAUGUGAAUGUGCCCUUCACUGACCAUGGUCGUGACGAUGCUUGGAGGGUGAACACAGCGGAAGCCGUGCAACAAGCAACUGGCAAAGUUGAUAACAAAGUUGACGGAGAUGGUUCAGCUUUCCGGAAUGCGCUGAAGCAAGCCAAGGACAACAACUUGACCCUGAUUUAUGAUGAAGCUCACACACUGUUCUCCUCUCCAGACCUAUGCUCAGACCUAUUCAAAGCAAACAUACACUAUGGACCACGGGUCUUGCUGUUGUCAGCGUCAGGUGAUGCUGCAAGCACAUCAAGCCUCACCGUGACAACACCAAGUGAAAUCACCCAAAAAUUCAUGUGGACACCACCUGUACCCUGCCCUCUAGACCUGAAGACGCAGCUGGAGGAAGGUGGCAUCAAGCUGGAUGAAGCCAGCAUCGAGUUCUUCACCAGCUUCUGUGGUGGGCAUCGCGGCAUUUUCAUUGCUGCGAUGCACUGGGUGAAGAGCAAGCAGAACGCUGGUGAAAGUUGGGACUUCAGAAAGACCGUGGGCUGUGUGCGGAACAGCUACAACGAGGGGAAUUGGAACUGCAUUGAAGCAGAGUUCCAAAAACUGGACUGGAACAACGCACAUAUGGAAUUCCAAGUGGCGAACCCUCUACUGGCUUCAUAUUACCGCUUCAUUCUGAAGAAACAAUGCGCUUUGGAAGUUGAGUUUGGAGCGAGCAACCCCCGACACUGUGCAGACUUACUGAUGCGAGCAUUGCCCUACCUGUUCUUCUCCAAGGUCGUGAGCUUCGAAGGAGAUGUAUCUCAGUUGGCGAAGGGCGGUCUUCCGCAUGAGCAACAGUAUAACCAAGCCAUCUUCAGUGUGUUGACGGAAAUCGGCUACAAGCCCCUUGCCCCGCAAUCGCCUCGGAAGGGAGCAGGGAAGCCAGACCUUAUGGUCAGUAUUGGCGAGGAGACCUUUGCCAUAGAGGGCAUGAAGCAAAACAUCACAAAGCACCUUGAGCGCUUCGGGAAGCUGGAGAACUACAAGAAUGCCGAGCACAAGGGCUUAUACGUCAUCGGCAACGACAAUAAGAAGAUGGAGAAGACCGUGAGGGAGACUGAUGGAGGCGAUGUCCAAAUCAUAGGCUUGGUCCCCAACAUCGCCCACACCGCCUACACCGUUCACGUGAAAAGCAAGGGCAUCGAACUGAUCAACACCUUCAAG